AUGGACGUAUCUGAAGAAUUGUAUUUAUUAGAUACCAAUCCAGUUAUCAAGUAUUUGUUAUUGACUAAAAAAAAAGAAAAACAAUUUUGGGUUAAUGAUAUUUUUGAAGAGAGGGAAAAAUUCGGAGAAUUUCACACACUUUUCCCCAAGCUUUUGGCUCAACCAAUUAAAUUUUUCGAGUAUAUGCGAAUGUCUCCUAGUACAGGGUGGUCAGUGGAAAACGGAUGUUUUUGA